AUGUCAAAACAAUUAUUUGAAAGAAUUUUAGAAAUCAACACUAAUGGAUAUUUAGAAAAUGUUUUAACUAGUAUUCAACGUCAAGAGAUAGUAUAUCCAUUUAUAUUUUUACCAGGCGAAAAAUCAAUGCAAAAUCCACCUUCUAAUUCAAAUAGAGAUAAUACAUUAAGCAAUAUAACAAAUUUAAUGGAUAAUAAAAAAACUGCUCAAUUCGCAAUUGUAAAUUCAAUGAGUGAUGAUGAUGACGACCAAAAGAUGCAACUUUUUAAAGAUUACAAAUUAAUACUAUGUCAAGCAUUGAAAAUUGUAGAAGAACAAGAUAAUAUUGGUAAUAAAAGAUGGGCACAAGCAGUUCAGACAAGUUUUACUGAUAUUGAUAAGUAUGAAAGACAGAUUACAAAUCCACACACCAUAUCGGCGGAUUUGGUUACUCAUUCCGAUAGUGCUAAAAUUAUGCUAAUUCCGGCCAGAAUUAAAUCUAACGACUUAGGACCUGGUUGUCCAUAUGAAUUUCUCACAUAA